UUGAAAUUUAUUUUUCUGAAAAAAAAAAAAAAAAAAAAUCGUAAGCUAACGUCACUAAAGAACUAAAAAUAAAUAAAAUAAAUAAUACGAUAAACUCUGAAAUUAAUUUUAUUUAUACAAUCCAUUGCAAUCGAACUUUCGAGCUAUGCCAUUCCAUACACCACGUCCAUUUGGUAGAACAAUGGCGAGAAGUGCUUCAUCUGUUAGUUUGAAUUCAUGGCCAUCGGAACAAUUAUCCAACGAUAGUAUUCUAAGCAGCCGUAGUUGUGAGCCUUCAUUUCGUGUUAGAGAUCCAAUACAAAUGUAUGAUCAGAUCACAUCGCACUAUGGAAUUGACUUUCAAAGGGAGAAUGGUCUUACUAUUGCCGAGGAAUAUAAAAAAUCUAUUGCAUUUUCUGAAACACAGAGUGAUAUUGUACCACCACUAGAUUUACAAUCGGAAGAUAAUUAUCCAGCGGCCAGUGAUAUGACCUAUUCAGUAAAAAUUGAUCGUCAACCAGAAUUGGCUUAUGCAACAUGGCUAUCGGCAAAAAGAAAACUCCUUUCUGUAGAAGCUGCCCGUCGCAAAGAAGAAGCUGAGCGAAAACGUCAAGAAUUAGAGGAACGAAAGCGCAUAUCCAAGGAAAAAUAUGAAAAGUGGCUGGAAAAUAAGGCCAAACAACAAAAGCAACAAUAUUCUCAACACAGUAUAAACGAAUUAAAUUCGAAUAAAACGCAUAAUAGUCAAACAUAUUUUCCAAAUGUUUCACAAAAGUCAUUACGUUCCUCUGACAAUGAUGAAAGGCCGAAAGCUCAUCUAGAUGAAUGGGAACGUACGAAACGGUUGCAGGAAGAACGUCGACGUAUGCGAAAACAACAGGAAGAACAACAACGUCGUGAAUUAGAGGAACAGCGUCGUAAGGCUGCCGCAGAAGCCUGGGAUAAAUGGUUGGCCGAUGCGGCUAAGAAACCAAAACCUGUUCCAUUGAAUCGCGGCAUAUUUACAUUACGUGGGACAAUUUCAGAUAUUUUUGUUAAUCCCAAUGAAUGGAAACCAAUAUUGCCCAAUGGUGAUGACAAUAAUUAAAAACAUCUUCAGGAGAUUCUAACUUUUUUCAUAUAUUUUGUGUAUCUUGUUUACAUUGAAAUAUAUUUUUUAAUCUGAGCAAAUUCGA